AUGAGCGACAGUGACGAUUAUUUAGUCGAAGAGCCUGAGCUCGCCGCGGAUGACCCUAUGCGAACAUUUCUUCCUACGUCAUUCGGUACCAAGACAAAAGAAGCCAACAUACAGGAGCAGCUAGAGAGGAGCAGGCGAAAAGCAGCAGGUCCGCCACCCGAUAGGCCAAAAAAGAAGUCCGGCUCAGCAAGUGACAGCGACAGCGACAGCAACAGCGAUAGCGACGACGACAGCGACGAUGACGACGAAUACCCAGUCUCCCACGAGCUGGUGCUGAAGACGCACGAACGGGCUGUCACGAGCUUCACACUCGAUCCCACCGGCGGUCGCCUGGCCACGGCCUCGAUUGACGGAACAAUCAAUUUACACGACUUUGCGGCCAUGACGCCGACGACGCUGCGCGCCUUCAAGACUGUCGACCCAUGGGCCGCCAAGAAUGCUGCUGCCAGCGACGAGUCGCACCCGAUUCACCACAUUGAGUUCAACAGUUUGGCAGGGAACGCCUUCCUCUGCAUUUCGGCGCAUCCUCAGGCGAAGAUUAUCAGCCGCGAGGGAGAUAUCCUGACCGAGUUUGUCAAGGGAGACAUGUAUCUGCGGGACAUGAACAACACCAAGGGCCACAUCUCCGAAGUCACGACGGGGUACCUGGCAUCCGACAGAGAGGAAUCUAAGGAGGUCAUCGUCUUCAAAUCCAAGGCGCAGGGAUCAGCGGGUCGUACGCGCAUGACGGCUGUCGCAUGGGGUGCGCCGGCACAAGGGAACGGCAAUGUGCUGGUCGCAGCAGCGUACGACGGGACGCUGGUCAUGUACAGCGGCAACGGCCCAUUCUCGAGGCCAGCAGCCGAGGUACACGAGGCGCACAGGCCGAAUACCUGGACUGGCGGUAUUGACAUAUCGUCAGACGGACGGAUGGUCGUCACGCGAGGAGGCGACGACACCAUCAAGCUGUGGGACACCCGGAAGCUCAAGACGCCGCUGGUGACGGUCGAUCACCAGUCGACGUCGGACCAGUUCAACAUGACGAACAUCAAGUAUGCACCCAACUCAACGAGCAUCCUGACGGGCUCAGCGACAGGAGACCUGCACAUCUUAAACCCGGGGAACCUGCGACCGGAGCUCGUCACUCCGAUCACGCCGGGAUCGCCGCUGAUCACGGUGGAUUGGCACCCAAAGAUCAACCAAAUCAUUACGGGAUCGGCCAACGGUGAGACGCAUGUCUUGUUUGACCCGACGAGGUCCACGCGCGGUGCAGUCGACGUCAUGUCGCGCGCCCCGAAGAAGCGCCACAUUGACGACAACUCGGCGCUGACAAUGGACAUGUCGGCGGGUAUCUCGGGCGACUCGAUCGUGACACCAGGCGCCAUGAACAACAGCAGAAAGGCUGGACGAGGCAAAGAGGUCAUGCGGCCGGAGGCCCAACAGCAAACGCCGUUCAUGAAGAACCAACCCGAUUCGAAGCACAUUGCGGAGAACAUCCCACUGGCUCGCAUGCUGCAUGAGGAUCCCAGAGAGGCGUUGCUGAAAUAUGCCGAAGCCGCGCAGAAGGAUCCUCAGUUUACGGGUGCUUGGAAAGAUACGCAGCCGGUCACGCAGUAUGCCGAGUUGAGCGACGAUGAAGAGGAGGGGCCAGACAAGAAGAGGGCAAGGAGGUAA